AUGUGGACACCAGAUGACAGCCAUCAGCCGUUGGGCAUUGUACCGAGCUCUGCCCCACGCGGCGACACCAGGCUGCCGCGCCUACCAGGCGAGGUUGACAUCAACAUGGAUCUUCCAGAUGUCCAUUUUGAGGCGCAGAGGCGCGGAAGCCGUGGCCGCAGAACUACCCCCGGUGGCACCGACCUGGCAGCGAUGUCGCGAAAACGCCGUGAUGUUGCCUUAGCUGGCCGCGAGAACGUGCUUGACGUAGGCAUCACACUUCCCGCUCCGCGAGCACUGCCUGGCACUUUGCUGAAAAGCUCGACGAAACCUGUGCGGGCGAGAGCAUCGCCCGUGGAGGCGCCGAGCUUCACUGUGCCAGAGCCGAUGGGGGCAGGUGCACACCUCGCACCCCUGGAGCCACCGGAAGGCAAGACGGAGCUGCAGAAGCUGCAGGAGGAUCUGCGCCUCCAAAGUGCGGAUCUGAACCGAUACCGGUCUGCUUUGAAGAAGAAGAAUGAGGAAUACGAAGGCUGCAUGGCGCUUCUCAACGUUACGCAGGCAGAGCUUCGCCUCUGCCAAGAGCGGAUCCGCACGCAGUCGCCCACACCCCCAGUGAACGCGCCCCGUCGCCUGCAGGGGAUCAAUGUCUUCGGCAGCGAGCGGGAGCUGGCUGAGGAGGCAGCAGCAUUCGCGGUGUCUUCGCUGCUGGGUCGCGUGCAGCUGCGAAUGAGGGCCACGCAGGAGCAGGAAAAGCUGGAGAAGGAGAGGGAGCGAAAGAAGCAAGCGCAGAAAGGCAAGCAGUCGCCAUUGCCGCCGGUCGAGCAGACAGCUGCUCUUGCUGGUCCUAGCACCUUACAAACUUCUGGUAACGCUGGGCGGAGCAACCCAGACGUGGACAGCAGCAAGGCGAUGCGUCAUGACCAAGGCAAACCAACGGCCGCAACGGCCCACACGGGAAGCCUGGGCCCGGCAUCUGAACGGCCUGCACCAGCGCCGGUGCCCGGCCAACAUCCAGCAUCAACAGCAGCAACGGCAGCAACGGCACAGGGCCUGCCCGACACGGGAAGCCUUGGCCAACCAUCUGAAGGCCCUCCACCAGCACCGCACACCGGUAGCCCAGAGGCAACUCCCAUGCCAGAGGACGCCACCGACACCGAUGCCUUGCAGGCGUCGCCCGUGAGACCACGAGCAGCAGCGCCCGCAGAGCAAGCAGCGCAAGUUCGGCCUCCAGCGCCCAGGACACAGGUCGCUGCCGGCCUGCCCGCGAAGAACGCGGGCGCGUCGGAAGGCAAGAAUGUGGAAGCCCAAGAGUCAGAUACGGACAAGCUCCUGCAGCAGUGCUUGCAAGAGCAGGAUCAGGAGCUGGAUGCCGAGGCCUUGCAGGCAGCCAGCAAAGACCAGCCAGAGGCCUACACGCCGGCCCAAUCGCCACCUCCGGAUACUGGCGGCACUCCGACCCCAGCUCCCUAUGGACAGGAGGAAAGUUUGCAGUUCGCGGAUUAG